AUGUCUACUGCCCCAAAAAGCGCUGCGAGCGCCACUACUGCGCAACGAGGAGGGCGCAAUGGCGGUCUCCAGGCGGUCGGCAAAUCUUUGGGGGUCAUCCGGCGGAUGCCCCCUCCGGCUACACUGCCAUCAUUGAGGGCCGAAAGCCAUGGGCAGGAUCCGGAAACGCAAAUUGUUCCACAAGGCGGCUCUGGCUGGAACAAGGAAGCAAUCCCGGGUUAUGAGGGCAAGCCGGCCCCACAGACGGCCCCCGUUUCAUCCGUCGACCUACGGCCCAACUGGGCAAAAAGCCCGGAGAGUGCAAAAGAGGGAAAUGGCCAUCAACAGCUACGAGAGUUUCCGGCUCUCAGCACCGACCGACGUUCCGGAUCAUCGUUGCAUCGGAGGAGUGAAAAUCACGAAGAUGGCUCCUGGCAUUCGACUGCUGGUUCGGUGGACGUUGACGAGUCUCUCCCGUCUCGAUAUUAUGAAGCUCCACCAAAGCCUCGUUCGGAAUCCCUUGGCACGUCGCCAAAUCCAAAAGCGAGCUCUGAUGUUCGGUCCUCACAAACACGAGCUAUCUCUCCCCCGUCUCGUCGAUGGACUGAGAGCAUCUCUGAAAGCUUCGGACCCGAAUCACCCCUAUUCGAAAACCUCGACAUGAAGAUGGACUGGGCGGCCGAGAUGGAAAAUUCGUGCGAAGAGCCGAUGCCGGUGGCGACAAAAGCGGAGGAACCAAGGAAGAAUCCGCGUCGCUGGGAUACGCAAGAACCCGCCCCGCCACCCGAAUUCAAGCUGCUCAAGCGUGGUGAUCGCCGAGACUUGGAUAGCGAUAAUGAAGAGCAUGCUAUGACCAAACUAGCCGCUUCUUCGCGGAUUAUGAAGCGAUCGCCGAAUGGAAUGGAGAUCCUUCCGGAAACCGGUCGAGAACAUGCCGAUGUACCUCCAGAACCUACUUAUAAGCGCAAGGAGGAGUUGAAGCGUGAAACGGCUUCUCCGCCAAAGGAAGUGCCGACGAAAAAGGAGAAACCUCCACAACGAUCAGCACCUCCCAAAGCCAAGAAGGAAGAAAUCCCUAUCCCUGAACCAAGUUUUGACAAAUAUGAAGAAGCUAUCAUCCCAGCCCCACCCCCACGCGACAAUAUCUGGGAUAAGCGCCGUGAAGAACGCGAAACGGAAGACAAAGACAGGGCACCAAGACUUCCAAAAAGUGUCCAAAAUGCCCUCGAGCAACACUUCCCUUCUGUCCAUGAAGCCGCCAAGAUGCCCCAGGAUAAGCAGUUGUCCAAGAAAGCGUCUCAGGUGCAAGACAAUGAAUUCGCCCGUGCCGCCAUCAAGGCCCGCCAUGCCGGCCCCAAUGAUGUCCGAGCACUUCAGACAAAGACUAUCAAGCCGCGGCGCGAAAACCCUGCUUUUGUGGAGAAUAAUGAAGAACGCGCACCACCUGCGGAGAGACCUCAACGACAGCCUCAGCGGGUAUCUCCGCCGCCAAGGGAGUAUAAUAAUGAAUACAACGAAGCUCCGGUUCCCAACGAGCGCCCAGUCGAUCAACCGGUGAGAAGGCAACCGAAUGAGAAUUGGGAUGACUAUGGAGAGGAGUAUGGACAGGGCCCGCCACAAACUGGGCCUCGAAGGCCGUAUGUGAAGCGGGGUGGAGAGGGUUAUGAGAACUACCCACGACAACCUUACAUUCCGCAGAACUAUCAGCCACGUCCCUACCGUGCACAGCAACAGUACAACAACUAUGAAGAACCCACCGAAGAGUACAAUGAAGAAGAAGGCGUCGCCCCUGUCGUGACUGAGAAUGAACCCCAACCGGAGAGAAACGGUGUCGACGUUCCUCCGGUCUCGUUGCGGGGAAUGCCAAUGAGGGGACGUGGCAGAGGAAUGGGGACGGCCGUCCGUGGAGGAAGAGCCCCGCCCAAGCAUGAACGAGUCGCUUACAAUGGGCCAUUACCCCCAAGGAAGCCGUAUAUCCCGCAGAACGUGGCCUACGGAGAUGCCCGUCGUGGUUCACAAGAUCAACCAAAAGAAUUCCUAACCGAUAAGGACGAGAUGAUCGAGAAAAUGGAAUCCGUCACAAUCCUCUCCAGGGAAAAGCCGGUCGAGAAAACAACCGAUCCAAAAGAUCCAACACCACCUCAACCACCCCAGCAGACUUUUGUGCGUGGCAACGGUCAUGUGGCACCGAAGGAAAAUACGCGAGGAAGAGGUGGAAAGGUCAAUCCUACUCCAAGGCCCAAGCAACAGCAACAACCUUAUCAGAAGAAACCUUACAACGGACAGGAACCUGGGAACUACAAGGCGGAGCCCAAACCACCCAAGGCAGCAAUGGCCUCCGGGGAACCUUACCAGAAGAAACCGAAAGAGCCCAGGGAUCCUAAUUUGCCACCGAAGAAGCCGUUCCGUCCUCAAGGAGAAUGGAAGCGGGGAGAAGCCGUUAAGAAAUUCAACAACAACUACAAGCCAAGGGAAAACGGCGAAAAAAUCGUACCCGACAUGAAUACGGAGAGUGAACUAUCGAUCAUCCCGGAACAAGCACCCAUGAUGGAUCGACUAAAGAGCCCCGUCAAUUCAUCUGAAGGAAACGACGAAUGGGAGACCGCUAGCGAAAGUAGCACUAGGAGGCCGGAGAUUGAGAACCCAGUACCGGCGCCAAAACCACUUACCAACGGCAAAGAAAAUGUCAAACAAAAGCCUGCGAGGGCCCCGACAAAAAACGGCCAACCCGCCAGCCGUACAUCCCCGUCGCGCUCCGGAGAAAAGCAGACGCAACAGACCAAGGGAAACCCGAAUAAAGGGGAUCGGCUGGCGGGUGUUGAUAUUAACAACAUCUCUUCCGUCAUCGUCAUCGAUAGCAUCAUGCAUCCGCUUGAAGGAGAGGUCACUGAGUUUGAAGAAGUGCUCUCCAAAAAGCAGAAACGCCAACGCGCCGUCGAAAUUUCGCAGCAAUUGGCUGCUGAAGAGAAGAAGCGGCAAGAAGCUGAAGAAAAUGAUGCACGAUGGAAGGCCACCAAGGAAAAACGCGCCCAGCGCAAGGCCAAUAAGGUCGCCACCAAACAAAAGAAGAAGGAUGAGAAGAAGACCACCCCAGAGGGUGAUUCGAAACAAGAGGCAAUUAAUAAAAAGGAGGAGGUUGGAGCCAAAAUUACGACCGUCUGGAAUAGUGCUCACGUUGAGUCGGGACUUACUUCGGCCUUGGACACACCUGUCGUUAUCCCAUCGCCGAUUGCCCGUCCGACCAAGAAGCCAGAUCCGGCCGAGUUCAAUUGCGAUGAGAAGCUGGUGAUCUAUGAGAAAGGAACACCGAUGACGACCAGGUCAUCGGAGCAUCUAGACUUUACAUAUGAUCCGAAACUUCAACAACGCUCAGCGUCUGCACAAGAAACAACGCUGACUAACAUUGACUCGAACAGUAAUGAAGAGCGAUUGAAGGAGAGGUUGGACAAGAUCAAGGAUAUUUGGCCUGGAAAGGACGAUGGGGCACUGCCAGCUAAUGUGGCCAAGGUUAAGCCUCAGCCACAGGCUAUUGAGCGCGAGUUUCUUGAGAGCAAGCUCUCUCAGGCACCACCCAUUACUCCACGCGGUGUGGGUGCUGGAGCUCCGUUCGGGAACCUGAACGUGCUGCCAUUCUUCGGUCAGUACCCGCCGAUUCUGAGCAACGAUCGGACUAUCAUGGACCCGAAUGGUGCCAGCAGCCCUCCAGCUCAAUGGAUGCCACAGCCGCAGAUGCCGCCGAGCCGUGCGGGUCCACGCCAUAACUUCGAGCCACCGAUGCCACCAAAUCAGCCGAUGUUCUACAACCGGGAUUACGGUAGUUCUUCGAUGUGGGGACCACCGACGAAUCUUAUGGACGGUCCGAUGGGUGCAACCCCACCGCCACCCCAACCGCCGCCGCAACUUCCAAAUCGGAUGCCGAUGAAUCGAUUCGGGAAUGAUGGACCAGCACCGACCCGGAACUUCUACCCAUCGAAUGGAAAUCGGAACAACCCUCCGAUUAUCUUCCCACCGGAUCUGAUGAGCAUGCCGCCACCUACUCUUCCAGGACCUCGGGAUAGAAUCAAUCCAAUCGGCCCACCGCCUAACAUGCCGCCAUUUAACAUACCAGGCGGGCCAUUCGGCAAGCAGCCGUUCAGCAGCCCUCCUCCAAUGUUCAGUGCCCCACCUCCAGCCCCCAUGGCUCGUUACAAUCCGGCUUCACGAAAUGUGCCCCCUCCCGAUAUUUGGUCAAAGCCGCCGCAUGGCCAUCGCUUCGCGCAAGGCCAGCAGAAUUUUCAUCAGACCGGAAUGAACGAAUUUUGGAAUGGUAUGGACCGUACCUCGGUCCCACCUCCAAACGCACGGCAUCACAACGGCCACGGUGACCGUGAUUCAAAG